AUGCCCGCCGAGACUGCCCGUGGCACCCCUGGGGCUGUGCCACCCGACCUCUUUUGCAGCAAAGGUAGCUCUGGUUGCCACGGGGCUGGGAGCCUGGCACGGGAGGGGGCCAGUGCCAGUUCAGCCAGGCCUGUGCUUGGUGCCAGAGACAAUGCCCAGACCUUCGGCCUUUCCGCAGAAGCUGUUGGCCCAAAUGCACAAGACCCAAAGGUGGCAGCUGGGCCCCAGGCGGUGGAGGCCUUCUUGCCCCAACUGUUGGAUGUGCCCUUGGAAGAUCUGCCUCCUUCUCACCCCAUUCUGCUAGCUCCAGGGAUUACAGGCACCCCCUGUCCCUCCUCUAAAAGCUGCCACUGGGAUCCGUUCCAGAACCUUCAGCUGGAGCGGGAGAUGCACCUAGCUUCCAACUAUAACCUCGCCAAGCAAAAUUUGGGUUUGCAGCCUCGGCUAGAGAAUGGCAAAGCUUCCCUUGCCAUCAAAUACCAGGAGUUGCAGGAGCUACGAGAAAUCUGUCAUGACAAGCAGCAGCGCUUGGGCGCGUGUGUGGCAAAGUGGACUCCAGAGAACGCCCUGAGCAGACUACAGGCUGAACUGGAAAGCGUGGAGGCCAAAGUGGAGGAACAGAUGGAGCAGUUCCUAUGUUGGGAUCUCCCCAUUGAGACCUUUGUGGAGUCUUUCCAGCACAGCCGCAUGCUCUCUCAUCUUCGUCGCACUCAGCUGGAGAAGCUGCAGGAGAUCCUGAAGGUGGAAAAGGCAAAAACUCCUGAAAAGCCAAGCCCAAGCUGUGAAGAGGAACAGCCUGCGGUCUCCCCAGCACUUCCAACUCCUCCACCUUUGGCUCAAGCGGCCCCGGCUCAGAAUGGGCCACCUCCCAAGGUCUUCCAGCUCCGCUUGGCGCCAGCAUUUUUGAUCCCAUCGGAGGCUGUGCUCCCCAUCCCCAUGACAGCAGCCCCCCAAAAGUGCUGCCUGCCCACUCUGGCCACCUCACACUCCACCGCUAACUUUGUGAGCUCCCCCUUGAGUCUGAUUGGGCACAUCCACUUGCCCCAGGCCCACCUGCCUCACCAGCAGAAGAAGAAAGAGCCACCGCAUCGGUAGCUGCCACAGCGCCAACAGGACAUUUUGACCAGAGCCUCUGACACCAGCUACGAUGGGCCAGAGUCUGAGGUGUGAUGCCAGCCUGCCAAGAACUCCACCUUCCCAGACUUGGUGGGAGUUGGGGGUGGGCUGAUGGCAGAGAGCUGGCUCCCUUUUCUCUCUGGCUGCCAAAAUAAUUUAGAUUCCAUCUCCACUCCUCCCCUUACCAUCCCCAACCUCCCCAGGCAGCUUGGCUGGCUGGGGUGAUCCAGUGUUACUAUAUGUAUAGGUGGCCGAGACUGCAGGGAGUUGCGCCCUGCCUCCCCCUUUCCCACUUGAGAAAUAAGGAAAGUUAUGUCACUUCUUCCCCCCUUCUUUUUCGGGAGCCUGAAUUCACCAUCAUGCACUCAUUACACCUAUCUCUCGAGUUAGGUGGGGGAAAACCCCUUGCAAGCUGCUUGUUGCUUUUCUGGAUGCUGGGUGUGAUCGAUUUCAGGCAGUGCUACCCCCACCCCCCCAGGCAGUCAGCCAACUGAUCUUCUCUAUCGCACAAGGGACUCCAUUUCAGUAGCAAGUAGGAAGAGAACAUACAUGGCAGGGGAGGGGGGUAGGGAAUAGAGCACAGCACAUUUCCAGGGGUGGAAAAAGGAGGGGUAGGCCAACUGCUUGGAGGGGGGCAGUUUUGGGAACUAGGAGCUAAAUUGCCCCCCUUCCUAUUCAUUUUUUCUAUUGGGGCAGGGGGAUCUGCAGUUGAAGUGGGGAGGGGGUCUAUUGAUGUGAUGGGGGGGUGAGGUUGCAAAGCACAGGGUAGAACAUUUUAGCCCAAAGUUUAUGCCACGGCUAGAGAAUGGGUUAGUACCAGCAUAGGCACACGGUCUCAACAGGGUAUGCAUAACGGGAGAGGAUGAGGCAGCCCCGCAAUGCUCUAUGGGGAAUAUGCCUUCCAGGAUGGGGGCGGGGGGAAGGAGCAAGGAAAUAUUUUCAAGCAAACUUUUCUCUUGAUUCAAUGUGCUUGCAAAAACUGAAGGAUGAAAUUCUGGGGGCAGCAGGGAGGGCAGAUUUGAAUUGGAAAAAAAAAAAGUUCUCCUAAUAUUAAUCCCUUCCCCUCAAGCAAUUAUAGGUGCGAUUGGACUUAGAGGGUACAAUCCAGCCUAAAUUAGCCAUGCCAAGAUCCCAUUGAAAGGAUGGCAGAACAAGUGGAACACGGCUGGGAGUGCCAGAGGCAUUUGCUCCACAUCUGGUCCAGCAGCAAAGCUCUCCUUGAAUAGAAUGUAAAAAUGCAUUGCCUUUUAUAAUCCCCUCUGUGGAGGCUGCCUGCAGUAUCUCUGAGUGAAUCACUGCUUUGGCUUUUCCUCUCUGCAGUAGCCUUCCAAGUGGUGGAUAAUACAGUAUUGUUAUUAUUUCACUGCCUGGGAUAUAAGUGGGCAUUCGGCCGUUUCCGAUGGACAGACCCGGCCCUCUGACCUCCUCAGAGCGGGCCAGAAAAUAAAUGACCUUCUUCAGCCUGAGUUCAAGGUGGUGGUUAACGCUUCUCUCCAAAAUUGAAUUUAAAAAUCAAAAUUCUCAAACCCUGAAAUGUGACUUUCAAAUGUCAAAAGUGUUUCGCUUUUCACUUCUGUGCAAUGAGGUUUUAUUUCAGCUCCAGCAGGUCGGGUUUGUGAAGCCCUGUGGUAGAACAGCCAUUUAGAGAAGGAUAGCUGGGCUAGUGUGGAGUGGUUGCCCCUGACUGCGUCAUUCCCACAGUGUUUCUCAACCUUGGC